AUGCCGCUCAGCGGGCUCCUCUUCAACUUGGCCAUCGACCCAGUUCUCAGGGAAGCACAGCAGGAAUCCACGGAGCACAACGCAUUGGCCUACGCUGACGACCUUCUUCUGCUUGGACCGGAUCCCGUCUUGCGUCAAGCCCGCCUGGAUCGUGCAGUCAAGACAUCAACGAGCCUUGGGCUUCAUGUGAACCCCUCCAAGUGUUUCUCCCUACAUCUGGCUGCUGCUCCAGUUGGCUGUCAACCGACAGUGUUCACGGUAGAAGGCACCCCGGUUCCCGCCCUUCAGGAUGGAGAGCAUAAGAAGUUCCUUGGUAAGCCGACGGGGUUCCGGCUUCUCCCCGACCAGGCAUCGACCGACUUCACUAUUCGGGUUGGCACUGAACUGCUGAGCUCUGCAUUAGCCCCCUGGCAGCGAAUUGACGCCCUCAAGUCCUUCUUUUACCCCUCCCUACUGUAUAACAUUAGGACCGCCCAGAGGAAGAAGACGCAAUGGAGAAGAGUCGACGACGCCCUGCGACCCCUCAUCAAAUCAACCCUUUACCUGCCGAGGGAAGCCAACAAGGGGUCCCUUCACGGAGAUACGAAGAAAGGGCUUUUCGGAAUUCCAGAAGCCGCCCUCGACUCGAAUAUUGCUGCCAUCGACUCUUCGUUCAAGCUACUCACCUCUCGGGACCUUCGUGUCCGGGACCUCGCCUGGGAAGACCUGAGGGACUUCGUGGGAGUCUGCCUUCAUCGCCAGCCAUCAACUGACUGUCUCCGGCUGUUACUGUCCCGGUCCGCCUCCCUCCAUUGCUCACACCCCACCACCUCCACUUGGUCCAGAGCCCGUGCUGCAUCCGAUCGACUUAGGGUCACAUGGGAGCUCACAGACGAGAAGGAAGUCUCGAUCGUCCACGGCGCUACGACUAUCACCGAUAGGAGCAAAGUGUUCCGGAUUCUUAGGGGGUUGUUCCGGACCAAACACCAUGAUGACAUGGCUGCUCUUCCACAUCAAGGAAAGACCCUCCCAUGCUUCUCGCAGGACAAAGCAUCGACGCAUUUCCAUCGAGAAGGGGACUUCACCCGGUUUGCGGAAUGGCGGUUCAUCCACCGAGCCAGACUGGGCUUGGUCCCUCUAAACGCAUACAAGCGCGGCCACAACCACUCCAAGAGGUGCAGGAAGUGCGGGGACCCUUUAGAGACCCUUCCCCAUGUCAUCUGCCACUGCCGCCAGUUCAGCCGUCAAUGGACCGCCCGACGCAACAAGAUUGUGGACCUCCUCGUAAAGGCCGCCUCCGGGAGAUGGGAGGUACUAUCGGAAAACCGAACACUGAUGGGGUCCAACCGUCGGCCGGACAUUGCCGUCCGAAAGGACGACAGUCUCCUCCUCUUGGACGUGACAGUAACAUUUGAGAAUGGUCCGGAAGCCUUCCGACGCCGCCCGGAAAAGAAAGGAGGAAAAAUAUGCCCCGCUCGUGGAACUAUUGAAGACGAGAUACAAGGACGUCAAAUUUGA